UCGAAAACAGCCAUCCCCAUUUAAUGCCUUCCCUUUCCCCAAACUCUCCGAAACCCACCACCGCCCACACGCACACCCCCCAAUGAAAGAAAGGAGCAAAACACAAAAAAAUUGUUAUAACUUCAAACCACUCUACUCAUCUUCAAUCAACAACAAAAACUCUGAAAUCAUUCAUGCCAAUCCCUCCAAUAUAAAAACCCAAAAUUUUCUCUCUCUCUCUCAGCCGCCAAAUCAACAAAUUUGAUUUGAAUAGAGUGAGAGAGAAUUGGGUAUGAGAAAGAGAGAGAAGUAGAGUUGAUUUAUUUUUGGUUGUGGGCGUGAAGUGGUGGGUGGGGUUGGGAUAUGGUAAAUAGAGAUGGGGCGAGACGGGUACGUGGUGCCAGCGGACCCGGGUGCCGGUGCAGCCAUGAUAAGCGCGAGUGCGAAUGUGAAUGUGAAUUUGAAGAAGAAAAACCAGUCUGCGAGGAGUUGGAUACUGUUAGACUCCAGAGGAGAAGGGACCAAUCUAGAUGUGGACAAGUACGCUAUAAUGCACCGCGUUCACAUCCACGCACGUGAUCUCCGUAUUCUCGAUCCCUUGUUGUCUUACCCUUCCACCAUUCUUGGUCGUGACAAAGCCAUCGUUCUCAACUUAGAGCAUAUCAAGGCAAUUAUCACUGCUGAAGAGGUAUUGCUUCGGGAUCCAUCAGAUGAAAAUGUUAUCCCUGUUGUUGAGGAGCUUCAAAGGCGAUUGCCUCCUGCAAAUGCCAUUCCUCAAGGUCUAGGUGAUGGGAAAGAGUACCCAGGGGGCCAACAUGACGUUGAUGCUGGUGAAGAAGAUGAGUCUCCAUUUGAAUUCCGGGCCCUGGAGGUAGCGUUGGAAGCUAUUUGUAGUUUCCUUGCUGCACGCACAACAGAAUUGGAGACUGAUGCUUAUCCUGCAUUAGAUGAGCUUACAUCUAAGAUUAGUAGCCGUAACUUGGAUAGGGUUCGUAAAUUGAAGAGUGCAAUGACAAGGUUAACUGCUCGAGUUCAAAAGGUUAGAGAUGAACUUGAACAACUACUUGAUGAUGAUGAUGAUAUGGCUGACCUCUACUUGUCAAGAAAGUUGGCUGGUACGUCUUCACCAGUUAGUGGCUCUGGCGCUGCCAAUUGGUUUGCUGCCUCCCCUACUAUUGGCUCAAAGAUAUCCAGAGCGAGUAGAGCAAGUGUGGUAACAGUUCGUGGGGAUGAGAAUGACGUGGAGGAGCUUGAAAUGUUACUGGAGGCUUACUUUAUGCAAAUUGAUGGCACAUUGAACAAAUUAACCACACUUCGAGAAUACAUUGAUGAUACGGAAGAUUACAUCAAUAUUCAGCUUGACAAUCAUCGAAAUCAGCUGAUUCAGUUGGAGCUCUUUCUAAGUUCAGGAACCGUUUGUUUAUCCAUCUAUUCUUUAGUUGCCGGAAUAUUUGGAAUGAAUAUCCCAUAUACCUGGAAUAACAAUUAUGGUUACAUGUUUAAAUGGGUGAUCAUUGUCUCAGGAGCAAUCUGUGCCUUUCUCUUUACACUGAUUAUUUCUUAUGCACGCUACAAGGGAUUGGUUGGAUCUUGAAUUCACGCUCAUGCACCAAAUAUUGUUGCUGGAAAGGACUUCCAAGCUUGAACCUUAUGGCACCUACUAUCAUGUGCAGCAUAAUAAAUUUGGUUCCUCUCUCUUUCUGUUGGAAUGUAUCGACCAGGAUUGCAUAUGGCACCAGUGUUUUAAUCCCAAGGGAACAUGAGUUCACUAAAUUGUCAACUAGAUGUUGGUUUGAGGCACCAACUCAUAUCAAUUCAUUUUAUUGCCUCUAAUAUAUGUAAAGGCGGAAGCUCAGCUACUGUCAGGUGUGUAGCAUCUUUUAAGCAGAAUUGUAUAAUAGGAACUGUGUGCCAUAUUGACAGCCUAUACCCACAAUUAUGACAUUUUUCAAUCACAUUUAUUAAUCGCUUUUUGUUA